UACUUCCUCGGGCGUGUCGUGGAAACAAACUUGCCACGGCAAGAUGGUUUGCAGCGGGUUAAAAUGGCACAAGCUUGCUGUAGAGCAAAGUAAAUAAUGCACUACCAGCACAUGCACAGUGCACUGAGCAAAAGCGAUGCUGUUCGCGAUCAAGCGUGUAGCUCUCCUCGCCCAUCAUCCAAGGAACCGUUGGGAAGUAAAGUGCUUGCACCACGGAUUGCAUUUGCAUCGGAUUGUUCGGUGGAGGGUAGAGCCAAUUACGGUGCAGGCGAGCGCACGAGCUUUGCGAUCACGCGCAACACACUUGCAGCAAUUGCACAAGGCGGCGGGACGGGUGUUGGUGAUACAUCCACACGAAGGUGAAACAUCCAGAAUCCAUGCUGCUAUCUGCGCCCUUUCCUUGCUGGGGAUUUUAGUAAGCGCAGCUUGCGCUUCGCAGUCUUUUGCCAAUAGUGCUCUGUAACUUACCCAGGGUAGCUUGGCAACACGGACGGCCACCAUUUGUUUAUCUAUCUACACAUCGAAUAGCUUUACAGCGACUGGUUUGCAUUUCGAUACACGGUUUUGUAAACGGUCUGCGGUAUCUAUGCAAGCGCUGAUAUUCAACAAAUAAUGCUGUCAUGUUGCUAUGGAAUCCGAUUUCGCUCGUUGCCAUCCAGUUGGAGAAUUCUCAUCAGACCGUGCGUGGCCGGUAUGCUCGGUAAACGUUCUCAGUCUGGCGGGUGCAGCUCACCGAGUACGCAACAAUGACCGACGGCAUUAGGAGGACACGAAGUGUUCAGCUGAAGUAUCUAGCUACGCUGCACCAGAUCGGUAAACCGCUGGAAGAACCGAUCAUCGGUAGACACUUCAAGCUGCCGGAACGGCCACGGCCGGCUGAGCAUCCCGUUUUCGAUAUGUCACUGCUAUAUAUCCCAAUCUACUGUCACCUGGUGCUGCACCCACCGGAAGAGAUUGCACGUCCCGCGACACCGGAGCUGAUUACACGGGCCCGUAUGGAGAAGACGCUGGAAAACUGGCUAGACUGAUA